AUGUUUGAUCAGUGGAUUAUCGUUCCGGUACGGCGAGCCGACGCUGACGGUCCGAUUGUCCACCUGACGCGAAAUGGUCUAGCUAUGAAUAUUCCUCUUGAUACCGAGCUAUAUGAAAAGACGUACACAUGUUGCUGUGGUGCAGUGCGCAUCAAGAAUGGUGCCUACGGGGUUGCUAUAUUCUACGCGAUGAUUAUUCUUUCUAACUUGGGAAUUCGUCUGUACAAAUCGAAUGAGGUUCAAUGGAACUGGCAACUUCUAUUUCUCGUCUCUGAUACCGUGGCCGUUCUUUGUCUCGUGUACGGACUAGCGAGAGAGCAAGCGGCUUUUCUACAACCAUUUACUAUCAUAAGCAUCGUGACGGUUAGCUUAUGCGUCCUACUGACUGCUUUUUAUGUGUCGGCCGUCUACGAUCCAACUUCUUACGCCGGAGAACAAAUUGAGAUUCUACUUGCCGGAAAAGUGAAAUCAAUCUCUGAGCACUUUAACACCACAACACGAAGAGUCAUAACGUUGGUGGCGCUGAUUGGUGCAAUGGUCUACGGCUUUACAGUGAUCAUCCAUAGUUGGCUUAUGGUCAUAGUUGUACGUUGCGCGCAGUGCUUCCGCGAGGAAAAAUCGAUAAAGGAUCUCAUGCCUGGUAACCUUUUUCAAACAUGUAGAAGAAUGGUUUUUAUGUGCUUGAAAUACGAUAAGUUUCCUGAUUUUCCAUGCAAAAUGGCUACGGUUUUCUCCGGAAUUUAUUUCGAAUAA